AUGGAGACCAGCUGCGUGAAGCAUCGCACCUCAUGCGACCUGACCUGCUCGUCUCGCCCAAAAAAAAAGUCUUCCCUACUUUUCCCCCGGUUUUUCGUCGAGAGAUACGCGCCGCCGCCCGUCUUUCCACUCCCGCCCCGUCUCGUGGCUCUUUUCUCGCUGGGCGUGCUUAUGCUCUACAGCAGCGAUUCCGGCAUCGAGCCCGAGAUGAGCGAUGCCCUUGACAGCCUCGCCCGCCUCCUUCGACUCGGCGGCGGAACCUCCUCCGUCAGCUCCCAUCACCAUAUCCGCACACAUCUGCGCCCCUUCGAACGCGACGACGCCCAGAGUCGCGCCGAGCGCCAUCGGACCCAGCACGUCGCCGCACUUGGUCUCGAUCGUCAGGCCGCGGUCGAUAGCGUGCUUCUCGAGGAUCUUUCUUUUCCUCCGCGCGUUGUGGAUGCGGGCCGCGUCGUACGGGAUCAUGAGCCAGGUCAGGCCGGCUGUUGCCGCGCCCGCGGCGGUACGAAGUGCUGCUCCCGUCGAGCUGCUCGCUAUUUGUCGUACGUAAUGUUCCCUCCGGGCUAUGAGGGCGUUGUCGUCCAUCUGUCGGCAUUUGAGGUCGUAUGCCUCGGCGUCAAAAGGCAUGUUAUAAAGAAACAGGAAUUCCGAAAACAGGAUUUAGAGAAUAAUAGGAGCAGGAUGUAA